UCUACUCGCCUCACUUCCCAACUAGUACACAUUCCUCCUUUCAUCUCUUCUGUUCUUUUAUAAGAAAUGAUGAACAACUUCAUCCGUAGUGGGGUUGGCAUUCUAGGAAGUGCAUUUGCUUUGUUCAUGUACGGUGCACCAAUAUGUACGUUCAGGAGAGUGAUGUUGAACAAGACAAGUGGAGAAAUGUCAGGGUUACCCUACGCAGUGGGGCUGUUCAACUGUCUUGUGUACGCUUGGUAUGGCUCUCCUCUCAUUAGCAAUGGAUGGGAUAACGCUCUUGUCCUCGCUAUCAAUACCAUUAGUCUCCUUCUACAGUGCUGCUUCUACCCAAAUCCAAGGUAUAUCAUCUUACACUGUGCAGAUAACUGUCCUCUUAUAAUUUAG